AAAUAUGGUAUCUGUGCUGGAACUGUCAAAACUUGAUCUCUAUUUUCUCCCGGAUUUUAUCUACAAAUUGCUUCUGUAAAAAUAUGCUUAUGCAAUGAGCGAUGGUCGCCCUGUAAGUGGUCAACUGAAGAAAUUUGUUUUUCGUGGGAAAUCCGCAAGUAACGGGGAUACACGAGGUGAAUAUUUGGAAAUUGUAAUCCCGGAGUUGUUGUCGGCAGGCUACUCGUUUUACACGUGGCCAUCAGCACCGCUUUUAGCUUGGUAUUUGUGGACGCAGCGUCGGCAUUUACGCGGUUUAAGAGUCCUAGAACUGGGCUGCGGCACAGGGUUACCAGGUAUAUUGGCUGCUAAGUGCGGCGCCCACGUUACCUUGACCGAUAGUGUUGCUCUCCCCCGAUCACUGCUACACUUAUCGGACUGUUGUGAAGCUAACGGGCUGGUACCGGGCCGAGACGUCCAUUUACUUGGUCUCGCUUGGGGUCUAUUUCUUGCAGAAGUUCAUAACUUGAGACCCGUUGAUUUGCUCUUAGCUUCAGAUUGUUUUUACGAGCCGUCACAAUUUGAGGAAGUUCUUUCUACAGUUUCUUACCUACUUGACGGUACUGACGGUCGAUUUUUGUGUGCUUACCAGGAACGGAGCGCCGAUUGGUCCAUAGAAGCUCUGCUUAAGAAGUGGGGACUGAAAGGUUCACUAUUGGAUUUAGAUUCACUGAGUGAAAGCUCUGGGGUAGACUACAGCAUCAUGGCUGAGGCACUACCAGAAUAUCCUGACUCUGACUUCUCCGAUGAAGACUUAUCACCACUUGAUGUAUCUUUUAACAAAGCCACAAACCAUGUAAGAAAAAUAACCUCAAAAUUAAACAAUGGUCAGCUCUUAGAGUUGUAUGGUCUAUUCAAACAAAGUACUGAAGGCAACUGUAACACUCCAAAGCCAGGUUGGUUAGAUGGGAGGGGACGUAAAAAGUGGGAGGCAUGGAAAACUUUACAAGACAUGCCAAGUGAUGAGGCCAAAGAGAAAUAUAUUGCAUUGGUUGAAAAAUAUGACCCAGAAUGGUGUAAUGGAAAUAUCGAAAAUAAAGGUGAUAAAGAAGCAUGGGUGGCUGUUUCAUCACUCCGUUACAGCCCAGAACCGGAACUAGUGCACAACGAAUUAUCCAUCUUAGAGGCUGCUAGAGAGGACCUGGGAGGUAGAGUACAAGAACUGUUAACCCAAUAUCCAGAGCUUAAAAAUAACAAAGACGAAGAUGGCUUAUCUGCAUUGCACUGGGCAGCAGAUAGAGAUGCAGUUUCCGCACUAACUGCUGCCAUUGAGGGUGGCUGUGAUAUAAACGCUACAGAUGACAGCGGCCAAACUGCUUUACAUUAUGCUGCUUCUUGUGGUCACAUAAAUUCAACUAAAUUGCUUAUAAAGUAUGGAGCUGCUAUACUUAAAGAUGAAGAAGGCAGUACUCCACUAGAUUUAGCCGCAGAUGAUGAGAUAAGGAAUAUUCUGGAAGGUGCAUAGUAGUUUAGUUUUAUGGGCAUUUAAUAAAAUUAGAAUUGUACAUUUCAUUUACAAAUUGUAAUACACAAAAUAAAGUUAGUUAUGGAAA